CCACUCAUAGAACAGAUCGCAAAUUCGCAAUCGGUUUCGUUGCCUCCCCCAUGGCGAGCGUCCGUACCGAGCGGCUCGCGUCGUGCCUCGCCGCCGUGGCCACCAAACCGGCCGACUUCCGCCGCGCGCACGCCAUCCUCCUCACCUCCGGCCACCUCUCCUCCCGCUACUCCGUCAACUGCCUCAUCCGCGCCGCCUCCGCCCCCUCCGCCUCCGCCCUUCUCCUUCGUUUCCUCCUCAACCACCGCCUCCUGCCGGACCACCUGUCCCUCUCCUUUUCCCUCCACCCCUGCUCCCGCCUCCCGAGCCACCCCGUCGCCAGCGUCGUCCACUCCCUCGCCGUCAGGCUCGGCCACGCCCGCGACGUCUACGUUGUCAACGCCGCCGCCUCCGCCUACUUCGCCGCCGCCGACGUCGCCUCCGCCGAGCGGCUCUUCUCGGAGGCGUCCAGGGAUGUCGCCGACGUCGUUACGUGGACCACGAUGGUCACCGGGCACGCCAACGCCGGCGACGUCGAGCGUGCGAGGUGGUUCUUCGACGCCAUGCCCGAGAAGAACGUGGUGUCGUGGAACACGAUGCUGGGCGCGUACGCCCGCGCCGGGAUGCUGCCGAAGGCGCGGAAGCUGUUCGACCGAAUGCCCAGCCGGAACGCUGCCACGUGGGGCUCGAUGAUCACCGGCCUCUUGCAGUCCGACCACUGCGAGGAGGCGUUGAGGGUGUUCAGCGACAUGGUCGCGAGCGGCGUCGUGCCGAACGAGCCUGCGCUGGUGAGCACCGUCUCGGCAUGCACGCAGCUGAGGUGGAUGGAACACGGCACGUGGGUGCACGGGUACGCCGAGCGAGAGCUGAACGGGGCGAUGAGCGCUGUCCUUGCGACGGCGAUCGUAGACAUGUAUGGCAAAUGUGGGAGCAUCCGUGAUGCCGUCAGGGUGUUCGCUGCAAUGCCGGUGAGAAACAUCUACUCGUGGAACUCAAUGAUCGCUGGGCUUGCCAUGAACGGCAGCGAGAGGCAGGCCCUGUCACUCUUCUGGAAGAUGCAGCUGGCUGGUGUUCGACCAAAUGACAUAACAUUCAUUGGUUUGCUGAGCGCUUGCAGCCACUCAGGUCUUGUAGACGAGGGCCGCUGGUUGUUCUACAAGAUGGUGAAUCACUUUGGGAUCCAGCCAGUCCCAGAGCACUAUGGUCUCAUGGUUGAUUUGCUUGGGCGGUCCGGUCAUGUCAGGGAGGCAGUGGAUUUCGUCAAGAGCAUGCCUGUGGAGCCACACCCAGGCUUAUGGGGUGCACUUGCUGGCGCCUGCAAGAUCCAUGGCGAGGUGGAGCUCGGUGAGGAGGUUGCCAAGAAGCUCAUUGAGUUGGAGCCUCAGCAUGGCAGCCGGUACAUCCUCCUGUCAAACAUAUAUGCCACCUCGAACAGAUGGGAUGACAUGGCUAAUGUGCGCAGGAUCCUGAAGGAUCGCAAGGUCCCCAAGGGUACAGGCAAUGCCAUAGUUGGAAAUGAUUCUCAGUCUUCAGGAUAUGAAAUCGAUUCGUGAUUAGUGCUUCUUUGGACUGAGAAGUGCAUUCAGUGUGACUUUGCACAAGCUGCGUGUGGUAGGGAGGGAUGAACCACCACCUUGGAGACACCAUUGUACUGAAACAAGCCCCCCUAAGGAUAUUACUUUUAUGGGGCAUUUGGAAAGUGCAUAACGGGAUAUAUUCUCAGCAUUCUUGAUGGGUUAGUUUGCAAGUGCUUGGAGAAAAAACACUCAGAUUAUGAAGAAAUGGUGACCAAGGGAAGAACCACCACCUUGGAGACACCAUUGUACUGAAACAAGCCCCCCUAAGGAUAUUACUUUCAUGGGGCAUUUGGAAAGUGCAUAACGGGGUACAUUGUUGGUAGAGACGGAUCACUUCAUUGGAAUUUUCAAGAGCACUGUACUCGGCGUCACAAUUUCCUUGAAGAUGUACUACUAGAUUUUGAGAUUUGAGAAUUACUGGAUAAAACUUUUGAAAGCCUUGAUGCUAAUUCGUUUCUCUGUUCCUGUUCCAGUGCUCCAUUCAACUUUUGGCUUUAUUUUCCUGCAAGUAGGAGAGUUGAAAGAUAGCGGUGCUGCAAUGGUCUUUCUGUGGUCAUUGGGCUGAUACAUCGAGGCUGUGAUAUCAUGUUUCUGGCUUCAUUUUCAGUAAAAUGGAAAUGGUACCACGAGUC